GUGGCAGAAAUCUAAGCCUCGACUCCAUUCUGAUGGGCUUGCCAAUGUCAGACCCAACUGCCUGGGCCACUGCGAUGAACAAUCUAGGGAUGGCUCCCAUGGGGAUGACAGGACAGCCCCUCCUGCCUGAUUUUGAUCCUGCUCUUGGGAUGAUGACUGGAAUCCCUCCAAUCAACCCCAUGAUGCCAGGCUUGGGCAUAGUCCCACCUCCCAUCCCUCCGGACAUGCCUGCUGUGAAGGAGAUCAUUCACUGCAAAAGCUGCACUCUCUUCCCACCGAACCCACAUCUUCCCCCUCCAGCAACAAGAGAGAGGCCCCCAGGAUGUAAGACGGUGUUUGUUGGAGGACUGCCGGAAAACGGAACCGAGCAGAUCAUUAUGGAAGUGUUUGAACAGUGUGGGGAAGUCAUAGCUAUUCGAAAGAGUAAGAAGAAUUUCUGUCAUAUCCGCUUUGCUGAGGAGUUCAUGGUGGACAAGGCACUUUAUCUUUCUGGCUAUCGCAUCAGGCUGGGCUCCAGCACUGACAAGAAGGAUACUGGACGCCUGCAUGUGGAUUUUGCUCAGGCUCGGGAUGAUCUGUACGAGUGGGAAUGUAAGCAGCGGAUGCUGGCGAGAGAGGAGCGCCAUCGCAGGAGGCUGGAAGAGGAGCGCUUCCGCCCGCCCUCCCCACCUCCCGUUGUCCAUUACUCCGACCACGAGUGCAGCAUAGUCGCUGAGAAACUGAAAGAUGACACAAAGUUCUUGGAAGCCAUACAGACCUUGCUGACCUGGAUAGAGCGUGGAGAAGUGAACAGGAGGACUGCCAACAACUUCUACUCCAUGAUCCAGUCAGCCAACAGCCACGUUCGCAGACUAGUGAAUGAGAAAGCAGCUCAUGAGAAAGAGAUGGAAGAAGCUAAAGAGAAAUUCAAACUUGCUCUCUCAGGGAUUCUGGUUCAGUUCGAGCAGAUAGUGGCCGUGUACCAUUCUGCCUCCAAACAAAAGGCUUGGGACCAUUUCACGAAAGCUCAGCGUAAGAACAUCAGCGUGUGGUGCAAACAAGCAGAGGAAAUCCGUAACAUUCAUAACGAUGAACUAAUGGGUAUUCGAAGAGAGGAGGAAAUGGAAAUGUCUGAUGAAGAAAUAGAAGAUCCAUCAGAGAUGAAAGAAACAGAAGAAUCAGCACUGGUAUCGCAGGUGGAAGCCCUAAAAGAAGAAAACGACAGCCUGCGCUGGCAGCUGGACGCCUACCGGAACGAGGUGGAACUGCUGAAGCAGGAGCAAGGCAAAGCAAGCAGGGAUGAAGACACAACCAAGGAGCAGCAGAUGAAGCUUCUCCAGCAGGCUCUGCAGGGGAUGCAGAAGCAUCUUUUGAAAGUACAAGAUGAAUACAAAAAGAGAGAAGCCGAGUUAGAAAAAGUGAGAGAAGACAAACUAAAAAUAGAAACAUUAUUAGAAAACCUGAAGGAGCAGCAAAGCAUAGCAGAUGAAGAGGACAAGGAGAGAGAUGCAAUUGAUUGUCAAGGGAAUGAGAGCAGCACAUCCAGAGUUUGUGCGUGCAGCCAGGAGAAGGAAUGUCCCGUUGAGAAGACAUCGAACAAUAGUCCUGUGAAAUCUGAACGAGAAGUUCUGUUAGUUGGAAUAAUUUCAACAUUUCUUCACGUGCACCCGUUUGGAGCAAGCAUAGAGUACAUCUGUUCCUACCUGCAGCGUCUGGACAGCAAAAUUUGCACCACAGAAGUGGAAGUUCUUAUGACUCGACUCCAGAACACAUUCAGGCAGGAGCUGAGUGGGGUCGGGGCCAGCCUGGAGAAAAGGUGGAAGUUUUGUGGCUUUGAUGGAUUGAAAAUGACUUGAGCUUCGGCUUAACCAACAUAACACUGAAAACAGCAGCAGGAUAUGUACAUCAAGAAAACCUGGGAUGCCUUUUACCUCUGUUCAUGAUGAUUACCUUGCACGCAUCACGGACUCGGGUGGGAUAAUAUGUAAGUCCAGAGCAGCACUGGAAGAAACUUCAAGUUCUGUAGCUUCUCUGAUCAGUUAUUUGUUAACGGGCAAGUGCUGUUCAAUAUAUUUUGUGAAAAAUGUUCAUGUCUGAUAUUUUUAAGCACAGUGUGUUGACUGUAUGUUUUGCCAGUGUUGUAUGUGUUCUGUGUUCCCAAAUCUCUCAUCCUGUACCUUCUUUUUACUGGUAGGAACAGUCAUAGACUGUCUUCUAAAGCAACAACAAAGAGGCAUUUUCUGGUUUCUAGAACCACCAAAAGGACAAAAAAAAAAAAGGGGGGACAUUUUUUUAGACAUUUCUGUGAUUAAAAACUGGGGUAUGUUUAAACAGAAGAAGAUUUAGAUGGCUCAGAGUUCUCUGAGCUGAACAAGUGGUUCUUUUUCAUGCUAUUUUCUCUACUAGUCAUUUAACUGUUAAGCUAAGAUGAAGGCAAUGUCACUGCCAAGUGCGAUUCUGGCAGUGCCACGGGUGGUCUGUGCAAUUGCAGAGUCAGUCUGUAAAUAAUUUUUUACAUGGGAAGGGUAUUUAAUUUUCUAUUGGUCUGGGUGGAGCCGAGAGCCUACAUCAAGAGCUCUCUUUUAAUAAUGGCUUAUCAACAAAUUUCUCCACCCACUUUGCUUUGGAGACCGAGCUUCUGGAAGUGCUGCAAGCAGCACAGGCUUUUCUCCUCCUGGAUCUUCCCAAAGGCUGUUCCUCGUGUCCUUGGUAAAUGCCAGGCUCCCCCCCAGCCCUCUGCAGAAGGUUAGUUAGAUGUCGGGUGAAAUGCCUCA